GAAGUGGAGGAAGAGGGAAAGAAAAUUCGGGGAAGAGUUAACUAGCAGUUAACUUGCCUGAAAGGUAUAAAAAGUUUCCACGCGGCAGAAUUCGCCCCGUUUGGCUGAAGCCACCUCAUCCAUUCACAAGAGCUUCUGGGAGAGGCGGUGAAGAUCCACCGAAACGCCAUCAUGACCCACCAAUUUCCAACCCUCUCUCCGGAGCAGAAAAAGGCACUCUCUGACACAGCUCAGCGGAUUGUAGCUACUGGCAAAGGGAUCCUAGCUGCAGAUGAAUCUGUAGGGACAAUGGGUAACAGGCUGCAACGUAUCAACGUGGAGAAUACGGAAGAAAAUCGGCGUCAGUUCCGUGAUAUUCUCUUCUCUUCUGACCCAUCCAUCAACCAACAGAUUGGGGGAGUUAUUUUCUUCCAUGAGACUCUCUAUCAGAAGGACAACACUGGAAAACUCUUCCCAGCUGUCAUUAAGGACAAGGGCAUAGUGGUUGGAAUCAAGCUGGAUAAAGGCACAGCUCCAUUGGCAGGAACUAACAAUGAAACCAGCAUUCAAGGUCUGGAUGGGCUUGCUGAGCGGUGUGCCCAGUAUAAGAAAGAUGGAGCAGAUUUUGGCAAGUGGCGUGCUGUGCUGAAAAUUACACAUACAACUCCUUCUACCCUUGCCAUCCAGGAGAAUGCCAAUACAUUGGCACGCUAUGCUAGCAUUUGCCAACAGCAUGGCUUAGUUCCUAUUGUGGAACCUGAAAUCCUGCCUGAUGGAGACCAUGAUCUGCAGCGAUGUCAGUAUGUGACUGAAAAGGUGCUGGCUGCUGUUUAUAAGGCCUUGAAUGACCACCAUGUUUAUUUGGAAGGGACACUUCUGAAGCCCAACAUGGUGACAGCUGGACAAGCUUGUCCCAAGAAAUAUACCCCACAAGAUGUGGCCAUGGCAACAGUUACAGCUCUCCUUCGGACAGUCCCAGCAGCUGUUCCAGGAAUUUGCUUCCUUUCUGGGGGCCAAAGUGAAGAGGAGGCCUCCAUUAAUCUCAAUGCUAUCAAUCUGUGCCCACUGCCCAAACCUUGGAAACUGACUUUCUCAUAUGGACGAGCUCUUCAGGCAUCAGCACUGGCUGCCUGGUCUGGCAAGCCUGGGAAUAAGAAGGCUGCCCAAGAGGCCUUCAUGAAACGGGCAAAGAUUAAUGGCUUAUCUUGCAAAGGCCAGUAUGUCACAUCUGAAAAGAGCAGUGGAGCAGCCACCCAAUCACUGUUUAGUCCCAGUUACACAUAUUAGUGUUAACAACCAAAACAACCAACCUCAGAGAGCACCAAGGACCCCUCAUUUCAAUCCUGAGCUACAAAUAUUCUCCUUUAUUGACAUAUUAGUUCAUAAAGCAUGGCAGUUCAGUCACCCUCUCCUACAGUUGACAAAAGGCCAAAAGAGAAACCAUCCCACAGUAUAUAUUCCUAAUAGGAAGAACAAAUGGAUGAAUUGCAAUGAAAGCCAUUAUGGUACUUUAUAAAUCCUUUGACACCAUGCAAAUUACUUUAAAUACAGUCAUAAGGAGCCGGGCAGAUUUUAAGAAUUUAAUCUGUCAUUCAUUGGACCGCUGCCUUUUUUUAUGACUCCCUCCCUGUCCUGUUAUUAUCCAAGGGGAAAAAUAAGAAUAAAAUGCCCAUGUGCAGAGAACAAUGUGAAGAACACCAAGAAAGAAGAAGCAGAGAGUGCCUUUUCCAGUCUAUAAACUCUGAGCAAAUGUCUUACUACUGUGAAAAGAUUAAAUGGCUGUGAAACUUUG